AUGUCAGCCGAUACCAUGUCUUCCCGAAGUGACUCGGUGGAUAAAGUGGCUACACUUUGGGCAGGUUCAGGGCAAGCUUCGAAUUCCACCUCGUCAGUCGCAGAGAAUGUUGCCUAUCGGUUUGUUCUCGAUCGUAAGGUUCAAACGAUAUCGAGCAACGGCAUGCCCGACGAUGGAUUUACUUCGGAUACUCCCCUCGUUGGCCUUGCUCCAUGGGUAACCGCCGAAUGUUCGCUAUCGUUCCUUUCUGCCGCCCAAAAGGUCGGCACGCAUGCUAUGGUCUUUUUCCAGCCCUCAGACAACGAGACCGGCAUACCACCCGACUCGAACGACUCACGCUGGGCAACUAAUGAUGGGGAUAAAUGGAGAAUGGACAACAAUUACCCAGUGUAUGCCAUUUCAGGCCCAGCCGGAGCCACAUUGAUGAAUGAUCUCUCGUGGUAUUCAAAUAAGACGCCCGACACCAAGAGAGACAAAUCGACGGAAGAUUUCGCGCUACAGACCGAGACUAACCGGCUGUUUGCCAGAAUUGAAACUGGCAAAGAAACUGAAGGGGCGUCGCCGAGCAUCUGGAGUUUCGUACUUGCAAUUGCAGGAACAGUUCUUAUACUCAGUAUCAUCCUGAUGAUUAUCUAUCGACUCGUCCUGCGCAAGAGACGGGCUCAGCUCCAGAGGCGUGUUAAUGCAGGCCAAGUCGAUAUCGAGGCCUUGGCAUUAAACCAAAUGACGGUUCCUCAAGAGGUGGUUAACAAAAUGCCACUUUAUACAUACUUGGAGAUCAGCCCUCCAGCAGAACCAACACUUCCACAAGAUAAUACAUUGGCGAAUCCAAUCGAUCAUGAUUCUGGCGACAAGACCAACUCGGUACCACCCAGCGAAAACCACCAUGCUCAAGACGAGGCUGGCAUCCAGAAACCCGAAGCAGCAAUAAUCAAACCCGGACAGAAUGAGUCUUGCAGAAGCAAGUAUCGCCUGAGCCAUACCCAAACAACUUGUGCUAUCUGCCUCGACGAUUUUGUUGUUGGGUCAUCUACGGUCCGCGAACUGCCUUGUGGACACAUAUUUGAUCCAGAGUGGCAUCAAGUUCGCUCAUCCCGUGAUUGGCCGCGGUGGGUCAACUCGCUAAUCGCUAGCGUCCCACACACAACCUCUGCCUCCCGACGUUUUCCUCCUCGAACUUUUUGCGACAACGACAACCGACGACCUCGUACAGCCGACAAGAUGGGUGCCCUCAAGUACGUGGAAGAAAUCCAGAAGAAGAAGCAGUCCGAUGUGAUUCGCUUCCUGCUGCGCGUCCGAUGCUGGGAGCUCCGCCAGCUGAACGCCAUCCACCGUGCCUCGCGCCCCUCGCGCCCCGACAAGGCCCGUCGUCUCGGUUACAAGGCCAAGCAGGGUUACGUUAUCUACCGUGCCCGUGUCCGCCGCGGUGGCCGCAAGCGCCCUGCCCCCAAGGGUGCCACUUACGGCAAGCCCACCAACCACGGUAUCAACCAGCUCAAGUACCAGCGUGCUCUCAAGUCCACCGCUGAGGAGCGUGUUGGCCGUCGCGCUGCUAACUUGCGCGUCCUGAACUCCUACUGGAUCAACCAGGACUCCACCUACAAGUACUACGAGGUCAUCCUUGUCGACCCCCAGCACAAGGCCAUCCGUCGUGAUGCCCGCAUCAACUGGAUCUGCAACCCCGUUCACAAGCACCGCGAGUCUCGUGGCCUUACCGCCACUGGCAAGAAGUCCCGUGGUAUGAACAAGGGUCACCGCUACAACAACACCAAGGCUGGUCGCCGCCACACCUGGAAGCGCCAGAACACCCAGAGCUACUGGCGUUACCGUUAA